GACAUUUCUCUCAGCUUUUAUUACGUGGCCCCACAAUUAUCCUCAUUGUUUCAUUCAUUUUUCAUUUUUUUCUUACGGACGAAAAUUGAGAGUAAUAUGGGACAGCUCAAUAGUUUUGGAUUUUAUAAAUUUCGUAGUGAAGACGUGCGAGAAGUUUCUUUCUAAUUUUCUUCAUAUUUCUAAUCUCAAUUCCUGCAAUCUUAGAGAUCCCUAAAAAAAAAAAGAAAACAAUGGCAUCUACUUCAGCACGACCUGAACCAUCAGCCCCACCGGCAGAGGAGGAACCAUCAGCAUCGACGUCUCAGCCAAAGGAUGCCGGCACAUCGGGCGGAAGUGAGGAGGAGGAGAGGAAUGCCGCUGGUGCAUUUGAGUGCAACAUCUGCUUGGAUACUGCAAAGGAUGCCGUUGUGAGUAUGUGUGGGCAUCUCUUCUGCUGGCCGUGUCUGCAUCAGUGGCUCGAGACGCGGCCAACGCGUCAGCUGUGUCCCGUGUGCAAGGCAGCCAUUAGCCAGGAGAAGGUGAUCCCACUGUAUGGGCGAAGCAGUGAGCAGAAGGAUCCACGCACGAAAGUUCCACCACGACCCGCCGGCCAGAGGACGGAACCGGAACAGGCGCCCGGAUUCCAAGGAUUUGGCUUUGGUGAUGGUGGUUUUCACAUGUCCUUCGGCAUUGGGGCCUUCCCCUUUGGCUUCUUCACAUCCUCCUUCAACUUUGGUGAUCCCAGGCCAAGUGCAGCUCCACGGGGAACAAUGCAGUUCGAGGAGGAACAAUUUUUAUCAAAAGUAUUCCUCUGGGUGGCAAUUUUGUUCCUUGGGUGGCUUCUCUUUGCGUAGCAUCAUCACGACGUGCCCGAGGAUGAGGGAGGUAAGUAAGACGGAACAUGAUGAUGGGGUUUAAUCACAUGAUAGCCUCAAAAGAAGAAUCCUCAAUGGGAAUUAGCCACCGUCGUCGGAAUGAAGCAGGUGACGAAAAAUUAUGAGAGAGAAAAUCAAGUAAAAAUUAAACUUAUCACACCCCCGUUUUCCUCCCCCAACUAGUGUGGAAAAACCUAAAAAAAUUAAAUAAAAUGCGGACGAUUUAUCAAGUAAAAAAAGGGAGAAAAGAAUUACAUUUAACUAGUCACAUGAGAAACAAAUAAUUUAGUUUUUAUCUUGUGCUAAAAAUCUCUCACAGAGCAAGAAAUUGUUUUUUUUAAAGAAAAAUUAGAGAAAUCGUACGUGAAGGAAUAUUUUUUAAUUUAUGAUUUUAUUAUCUUAUUAUUAUACUUUCAAUUUAUGUGCUAGCAGAGAGAUAGUGAAGGUAAUUGUUGAUUAAAGAAAUAGAAAUAAAAAUUGAAGAAAAAAAUAUUAUCAAUAUGGGCCAGAAGAAUUAUUAGGAGAGAUUGCAAAGCACAAUAAUUUUUUUUUUGAGAGUGGUCUGCAUUCCAAGAAAUUGAGAAAUUCUUUCAACAUCUUCCGGAGUUUUUAUUUUCGGGUUAUUUUUUGUUGUUUCUUACCCUUUGCGGCUUUUUAGAGUGAUGAAAAUAAAAGAGUUAUCAAUACACAGACUCUGUGGCAAAAUAAGUCGUUUUUUUUUUAAUAUGUAUAGAGAUGAGAAAGAUGAAUGAGAGAAAACUAUCAAAUAUGUACAUUUUUUUUAAAUUUACAAAUUACAAUAUUUUAUUUUAUUUGAAAACUUACUGUAUAGUUAUUAUUGAAAAUAAAUUAACAUUUAUAAGGGUAAA